UAAAAUGGUUUAUAUUUCAUAUUCUUUAUAUUGUUCAUGUUGUAAGAGUUAGAUAAUUUGUUCAUAUAAAAGAAAAAAAAUCAAAUCCUGACAAAAAAAAACCGGAAUACAGCUUUACAUAUUUGUUGUCGAAGUGAUUUGAUAUUGCAGAUUUGAUAAACUAGCUACAGAUGGAGAAGGACCAAGGUAAAUUGAAACAUACUUUAAAUGAGGAUGAUAACAGCGAAGUAUAUCAUAUAUAUGAUAAUCAACAGGAUGAUCCAAUGUAUUCAGAGAAAUUAAGACUUCUCUCUAAAUGCCGGAAACUUGUUGGAAAUGAUAGACAAGGAAGAUCACCAUUGAACAUUGCUAUUAUUGGGCAAACUGGCUGCGGAAAGUCGUCGUUUCUUAACACGGUUUUUGCCAGUUUAAAUACAGAUUGUUGGCGGGAUAUAGCUAGAUCAGGGUUUUUUAAGAUAGAAGGUCCUCAACUACAUUGCACAGAGCGGUUUAGAAGCUUUUCAAAGAAAGACUAUUACCGAGCUACGAAUGACGAAGGUAUCCUGAUGCCGACGUUUUUGGACAUGACUGGUUUUCCUGAUGAAAAUACUAAAACUGUUUUGGACCUGUUGGAGAUAAUAUUUUCUGGUCGAAUCAAUGAAAAUCAGAAACUGGCUGAUAUCGAGGAAGGAGUCAAGUCCAUUUCCGCAGAAGCUAUGAACUAUUAUAAUAAAGAGGUCAGCCAUUUACCAGUCGAUCGAAUCAUUGUUGUUUCAACACUAGAUCCGGAAUCGCCACUCCCAAGAUACCUUUUAUCUGCCAUUUUCUGA